UGAGCAUAGAGGGGGAACUUGUUCAGCAGUGGACUUCUAUCAUGCUGAACUGACCCGCUUCUUCCUUCUGGAAUACUCUACCAAACUGCUGCUAGGACGAGAAUCACAACGCAUGGAUCAUUUCACUGCAAGAAGCCAAUAAUGCUCAGCUUUGAGCGGCCCCCUCCAUUAGCAGUGAUGCAUCCUGGGACAGAACCUCCCUCUGUGGCCAUCCUGCCUCUGAGAAACUCCGACCACCAGCAGCAGCAUCACAGGAGGAGAACCAAGAGGAUGGAGAGGGGCAAACCUGGACUGCACUCCAAGAAACUGGCCAUCCUGUCACGGUCGCUCAUCAUCUGCAGCUCCAGCAACAAUGAGGACGCGUCCAGUCCAGAAGAGAGGUACCAUGAGCCCUGGGACGCAGGGUUGGAGGAGAAACACCACUGGGACCCACUGGAAGGGCCAGUGGGAAGUUCGGAAAAGUACAUUACGAGGAGCGUCAGUGUCCAGGCACCUCAAGAGGGCCCCAAAAGAACUAUGAGGAGGUCCUUCUCCAUCAAGGAAAGCAGUUUCUGGAGAAUGUGUGUCGCCACACGGGAAGAGGCUCUACAAGUGGGUGAUAACAAACUUCAGUCCGGCAACAGUGGUGCUACUGUUGGACGAGAGUUACACAGGGACACGUUUAUCUACUUUGGAGACAGACUUGCCCCAUUUAAUGGACAGGUUAUAAACGAUCAAACAAAACUGGAGGCUGAUCCAGAGAAAAGGCCUGUGCUGAAGACUGUGUGUAGAACCACCAGCACUGAAGGUUUCUCUCCAUGUGAAAGCAGAGCUCUGUUCGCUAAUGUCAAUGAAUCACACCAGCUUGGCUACACUUUCGGAGAAAAGGAGGCAAUGGGAAACAACAAUAACUUGAAGAUGCCAGUUAUUAAGGUAUCAGACGAUGACAGCAAGAACUGCGACAACGAGGAUCAGAGCUGCCAAGAGACGUCAUGCAAAAGAUCUCGCUCCAACUCCACCAGUGUUCACCCGUACUGGAUCGGAGACUUGGAUACCAUCAUUAUGAAGACACCAGAGCUGUUCCCAUGUCCCACGCACGCCAGCGCAGGCUUUUACGGCAACAGGAAAUCUCUCUCACAGCAGCUGGAAUUCCCUCAUACCAUUCCACAGGCUGUGGUUAGACCAUCUCGCUCUCUAAGUGCAGCACACUUGGUCCCUUCCUGCAGUGGCGUACAGGCCUUCAUCAUCUCCAACAUCGUCCUCAUGAAGGGCCAUGGAAAGGGUCUGGGAUUCAGUAUAGUUGGAGGAAGAGACAGCAUGUAUGGCCCAAUGGGGAUUUACGUGAAGACCAUUUUUCCUGGAGGUGCAGCGGCUGCUGAUGGACGACUACAGGAAGGAGACGAGAUACUGGAAUUGAAUGGUGAAUCUCUGCACGGCCUGACCCAUGAAGAUGCCUUACACAAGUUUAAACAAGUGAAGAAGGGUUUGUUAACGCUGGUGGUGAGGACCAGUCUGCGGAUGGGUGCCGUGCCGGGCAGCCAUGGCCAGGUGUCUCAGUUAUGCCGAUCCAGAUCUCUGAGCUCCAGCACUGGUAUCAGUCGAGUCAGUGCUGAUCUGGGAGACUAUAACUGCUUCAAUAACCCCGCAAAAGCCCAGGACAGAAUCAUGAUGGAGAUCACGCUGCAGAAGGAGUUUGGUGUAGGUUUAGGUGUUGGCCUGUGCUGUGUACCUUCAGCUGGCAGCUGCCCGGGAAUCUACAUUCACACGCUGUCACCAGGAUCAGUGGCCCACAUGGAUGGACGAUUAAGAUGUGGCGAUGAGAUCAUGGAGAUCAAUGACACGGUGGUUUGCAACAUGACGCUGAACGAUGUGUACACGGUUCUGAGUCAGUGCAGCCCAGGACCGGUUCAGAUCAUCAUCAGUCGACACCCUGACCCAAAAGUUUCUGAGCAGCAGCUGAAAGAGGCCAUCGCUCAGGCGGUGGAGCACAGCAGACUGAGGAGAGACAGGAGUCAGUGGAGUAUGGACGGAUGUAACAGCAGUCUGAAGAGAUCCGAUGCCUGUUCUCACAGCAGACAGAAGUGCAUCCGCUGUCUGGACCGGAGCACCAGUCAGCAGACCUGUAGACGAGCACAGAAACCCAUGAUCCGAUCGUGCAGUGAGGGAGGCUACAGCCAGCGCUGUAUACCGUCCAGCCUCACCACCCAAUCCUUCCUCGAGCCGGAGCAUGUCUCCAGAGUCCAGAGCAUGGACGUCUCUUUAACAACCAACAGUGAAACUUCACUUAAUUACACAUUGUCUCCAGCCUCAUUCACCGAUGACGACUAUAACAUCCCCAAUAAAUGUCCAAUGAAUUUCACUGGACAACAAACAUUAGAUGUGCAUGCGGGUGUGGUGAGGAGCUCUAUGCAAGGAGCAGCAAACCAGCCAUGGAGGUACUGCAGACGACAGGAAGUCAGCAGUCAGGAAGUGCUGACUGAUUCAAGCAGCUCUAGCCGAGGUUCACCAGUGAAAGAGGAAGAUCUGCUGCUGUCUCAAAGCAACUGCCAGUUUUUCUGCAGUCUAUACAGGGCUUUGAGAAAGAUCUCAAGGCUUCUGUUUAAAAAUGAAGUGGUUGAAUGCGCAGAAGUCAGAACUAAACCAUCUGCCUGUAUCUCUGAGCGUAACAGAGUCUCAACACAGAGAGGGGACAGACAGCACAGAGGUCCAGAAUCCCCAUCUAAAGUGUGUAGUCCAAGUAAGCGGGUUGGCCUGAUACGUCAGGCUCAUUUAGAGGUCAGUACAGAUCAACCACUUGACCCCUGGGUAAAGCUGACCGACAGCCCAGAGAACCAGCCAUACUGCUACAAAACCAUGGGUGACCAUAUUGGAGAUAGUGAGGUUAACGGCACUGCCUCUGAAACCACUAACACCACCUCAGACUCCAAACCUGAGCAAUCUCCCAAUGUCAAAAAAGGCCCCCCGGUGGCUCCAAAGUCUGCAUGGGCACGUCAGAGCAUUAAGAACAUUAAGUCUGGGAAGCCGAUAACAGAAGCUUUGAAGCAUCCGGAUGACAGGAAUCAAGAUACUGCCAGGACUUUUGGGAUAAGUCUGAGGGCCGCUUCAUCGGGAGCCAAUUUGUCAAUCAGGCAAAGGAUCAGCUCAUUUGAGACUUUCUCUAGUGCAGAUGGAUCUGAAAGGCCAAGCAGGCGACUGGCCCCAACUGCAUCACUUCCUGCAGUGGAGAAGACUGCUAAAACCUCAUCUGCAGACUACAGCAGUGCAGGGAGAACUAAAGUUACCACAUGCAACUUACACAAUACUGAUGACUGCCAGUCUACACCAACAAUUUCAGCCACCACCCAACCUCCAAAAGAAGAAAAGCAGCAACCAGCUUCCAUCGGUUCAGAUAUCAUUUCAGAGCCCCAUCCUGCAGAGGAAGAAGAACAAUCAACUUCUCAGAAUUCAGAGCCCUGUAAGCCGAUAACUGCUGAGGAACCUGCUCUUGACUCUACAAAAGAGGUUCCACCUGCUACAGAGACUGAGCAAGAACCCUUAACUUCUCAAGACGAUUUGUCCCUCUCAAGCCACGUCCCCAGGAGAUCGAGCAGCUCAAAGGAGGGUCCUGCAGAAAAAAACGAAGGUGCAGGAACUCAUGCGGUGAGCUUGAGGACCCGGAGUCUACCCCUCAGUCCCUCUUCAGAUGCCCCCAUCUCAAGCGGCCUGGACGGGGAGAGCCUAGGGAUCAUCUUGUCCUUCAGCAACCAAGUGUCCAAUGCAUUGAUGCGGUCCAUGCAAUCCCUGCCGCAGUCCCCUUGCAUUCGGUUUGGGAACCCCUGGAGUGCCCCACUAGAAUCCUCUAUUGAUGACCUAAUAGAGGAAGACUCUCCUGGUGAAAAGCCCCCACAUUCAACACCACUAGAGAACAGCGAAAAGGGUUUCUCUGUAAGCUUGGCAAAAUUGAGAGAGCGUACCAUCGAGAGAGGGGAGGAGUGCGAGAAUGAAGAAUGUAAACCUGAACGACCGCUCACUUCAGCCUCUGAUGUCUGUGCCCAGUCCAUGAUCUCAGCCCUUCCACCACAGGAGAUACAGCAGAUGAUCCAGGAAGUCAAGGAUCUGGAUGAAGACACGCUAAGGCAACUGGAACACAUCCACGUUGUGAUUCUACAUAAAGAAGAAGGAGCUGGCUUGGGUUUCAGCAUUGCUGGCGGUAUUGAUCUGGAGAACAAAGCAACUACAGUUCACAGGGUGUUUCCCAGUGGUCUGGCUGCUCAGGAGGGCACCAUUGAAAAAGGAGAUGAGGUGCUGUCCAUUAACGGCCAAACACUAAAAAACAUCACACACAACGAUGCCACAGCAAUUCUCAGGCAGGCCCGCACCAUGAAGCAGGCGGUGAUAGUGGUGUCCAAGAACAAAGAUGCAGAAGGGAAAGAAGGCACUAACAUUGAGCCCAGCUGCAGCAGCGGGGCAGAGAGCAGCGUCACAGGGGACGAUGGAGGUGAAGUUGUAACAUUCGAGCUGGAGAAGAACGCAGGUGGAGUUGGAUUUAGUCUUGAGGGAGGAAAAGGCUCCAUUAAUGGAGACAGACCACUAACCAUCAACAGAAUAUUUACAGGGAGUGAUGCUGAGCAAAAGGGGCUGACGUCUGGUGAUGAGGUACUGCAGAUACAGGACUCGUCUCUGCAGGGUCUCACGCGCUUUGAGGCCUGGACAUUCAUUAAAGGCCUUGAUGAUGGGCCAUUUACACUCGUCAUUAAGAGAAAAAAAUGCGAGUAGAGCUAAACUCCACUCAGAAGCACCCAGAAGAAAAUACUGGACUUACAGUAUUCCAAAUUUGAAUCAACUUUAAAUUAUUAUAUUAACUUAAUUUAAGGCCUAGAGGAAAUGCGUCCACUUGCUAAAAAUAAUAGACAUUACAAGACAUUGCAAAAUUUCUUAAAAGCUGGGUUCCCAUAUAUUUGACCAAACGUUUUUCAACCAAUCCAUUUUUAUUUCACUUUAAUUUUUCUUACAGAGACUACAAUCAAAAAUAAAAAAAUUCUAUCCAAUUAAAUGUUUCGGAGUUGAGCAAGAAAAAUGUUUUCACUAUAAACAUUAACAUGGUUUUUCCCACCACUUUCCUGAGUUUUGCUAGCCUGGGAAUCCCAUUCCUUGAUAUUUCCAGGUUUUCCAUGACUGUUGUAACCCUUCAGUUGCCUUGAUUGCUCUAUUUUGCCAUGAAUGCAUUUUGACAGUAUGACUUUCAUCUCUCAUGUGCAUCACCGCAUGAUGUAGUACUACAUAAUCAGGAAAGCUUGUUUUUCUGAGCAGAGUUUUAUAGCGCAUCACUGCGCUGGUAUUCUACUGUUUUACUGUCACAAUCAGGGAUUCAUAAAAAAAUUAAAAUAACAAAAAAAGUCAAGUCUGCCUGUUUUUAUGCAAUGAUUUGCACAAGCCUGUAAAUAAUUUCAGAUAUAUUUCUAUACUAUUUCACCAAAGCAGAAUGUAACGAAUGUGUCGCAAUGCAUUUGUGGCACAAAGUUUUCAAGAGAUUAGAAAUAGAAUAUUUCCCUCGGUUUUUUUUUGUUAGUUUUUUUGCCAAGUGCUCCCCCUAACAGUAUAGUUAUCUAGUUUUUCAUCAAAGGCUUAAAAAUAAUAAAUAUAUUAAUUUGAUAUUUAAAAAAAAAAAAUCUAUUAUCUAACAGAAUCCAUCUUUGACAGUUUAGUACAAGUACUGUGCUUCUAAUAUUCUGGUCGUUUUUCCUCUUAAAAACAGCCUUAAUAUACUGAAAUUGUGUCAGCACAAAUAUGUUUUACAUGUGAUUUCUUAAGGCUUGUAAUGUCCAAAUAAAGUAUGACACAAAUUAUAAA